AUGAAUUCCAUCCGCCAGAUCCAGGCGCUGAAUCAGCGCGAACUUGAGAAUGCAGUACCGCCUGAAGCUUCAUGGCAUGCCGACUACCGCGAUACCGCCUGGAUCUACAUCGGAGGUCUUCCGUAUGACCUCUCGGAGGGCGACAUCGUGACAAUUUUUUCGCAAUUCGGCGAACCCGUCCAUGUUAAUCUGGUCCGCGACAAAGAAACAGGCAAGAGUAGGGGCUUCGCAUUUCUCAAGUACGAAGAUCAGCGCAGCACGGAUCUCGCAGUCGACAACCUCUGUGGUGCGACAGUGUUGGGGCGGAUGCUGCGGGUUGAUCAUGUCAGAUACAAGAUGCGCGAGGACGAGGAAGAGAAUAACGUGGCCGUGAUGAUGGGACAAGGCGCAGAGGAAUCCAGAAGAGAUGACGACACCGACACCGAGCGCAGGGAGCGAAGGCAUCGCAGAUCAAGAAGACACAGUGAUGACACCGAUGUGGAGGAUCAUGAACGUGAACGGCCCAUGCUUAAAGAGGAGAAGGAGCUCGAAGAGCUGAUGCGGGACCACGACGAAGAAGAUCCCAUGAAAGAAUAUUUGAUCCAAGAGAAAAAGGAGGAAGUUGCUCGAGCACUGGAGAAACUGAAGAGCCGCAGCAGCAAGAAAUCUUCGUACAGGCGAGAUGACAGUCGUGAGCGAUCUCAUCGACACCGUCAUCGGCAUCACCACCGUCGCAGACACAGCGAGGACCGGUCUCGCUCUCGCUCUCGCGAGAGAUCACGUCGAGACAGAGAUACGUCGCCUUCUCACGAGAAGCCACUCAGAGAAAGAUCAUCAUCUCGGCAGAGAACGUCAUAUAAGGACAGGUCUCGCUCUCGCUCUCGAGAGAGACCACGUCGAGACAGAGAUACGUCUCCCUCUUACGAGAAACCACUAAGAGAAAGGUCAUCAUCUCGGCAGAGGACAUCACAUAGGGACAGGUCUCGCUCCCGAGACAGAUACUACAGAGACAGAUCGCGGACGAGGUCAUUAUCUCCCGAUUACAGACGAGAGAGGCAUAGAAGGGACCGUGACAGAUGA